AUGAAACCAGUGGAAUCAGUGACCUUCAAUGAUGUAACUGUCAACUUUACCAAGGAAGAGUGGGCCAUGCUGGACACAAACCAGAGAAAGAUGUUCAGAGAUGUUAUGCUGGAGAAUAUCAAUCACCUGAUGUUCAUGGGGUAUCAGGUCUGCAUAUCAGAAGUGCUUUCACAGUCAGAACAAGGAGAACUGUGGAGAGAAGGAUUAAGGUUUCUCCUAGUACAGAGUCCAGGCAAGGAAAAUGACCAUAAAAAAGAAGAAAUGAUAACUAUGCAACAUAUCUCUAAGGACACAUCUACCAACCAGACAAAGAUUUCUCACACUGAAGAGGAUAACCUUGAAAGUAAUGAUUUGGGAGAAUAUUUCACUCACUCCACAAAGACUGACAUGGGAAAGAAACCCAAUGUUAACAAACAAUUUCAAAGAGUUCUCAAUUAUCAUUCACUCUUUGGUCAAAAUAAGAAAAUUCAAACUGGAUGUAAGUCAUAUAACUGUCAUCUGUGUGGAAAAGUCUUCAGAAGUAGUUCUGGUGUUAUACAACUUGAGAAAAUACACACUGGAGAAAAGCCAUAUGGCUACUAUCUAAGUUGGAAAAACUUCACCGGUAGUUCUACCCUCAGACAACAUGAAAGAAUUCACACUGUGGAGAAUCCAUAUGACUGCCAUCUAUGUGGGAAUUCCUUCAGUCAAAGUUUUAACCUUAGGCAACAUGAAAGAAUUCACAAUGUGGAGAAACUAUAUGCCUGCCACAGAUGUGGGAAAGAUUUCUCGGAUAGCACCACCCUCAGAAAAUGUGAGAGAACUCAUGCAGAAUUAAAAGCAUAUGUCUGCCAUGUAUGUGGGAAAGACUUCACUGAUAGUUCUACACUCAGACAGCAUGAGAGAACUCACACUGGGGAGAAACCAUAUGUCUGCAGUGAAGGUGACUCGGGCAGUGGCAAUGAUGGGACACUUUCUAAGGGCAUUGAGAGAUACACAGGGCUGCACCAGACACCAAGAGCUGCACCCAUGAUGGUUGCCAACUGGGGUUUGAGGAACAACAGCCCAAGCAUGUUGCACAUAUGCAGUGGCUGUUGUGGCUGCCACCUGGGCAGUCCCUGCAAUCCCCCCAGCUGCCUGCAAUGCUCCUGCAGGGAGUGCUUCUUUCUCUUCCUGUGCCUGGAAAACAGAAGGAGCUUGUGCACAUCAGCCACCCAGAGUGAAGCCAGCAUUUCCACUUGCCUGCUGCUUGAAGUCUGGUCACCAGUUCACCAUUAUGGCUUUGAAGACACUGUGGCUAGAAAUAUGGACUCUAAAGAUAGCUCUGAUGUGGCCAUGAGUGCAAAUGUUGAAUGGAAGAAAGGCUAUCCUUGA